AUGGGGGUAGGUACAAGACGCCGCGCUGCCCGGAGGCGGCGAGUUCAACAACGGCGUCGCAAUCACCAAGUACACCGUCGACGUCGCAAUCAUCACCACCGUACUCGCCACGUCACGACUACCGUGGGGCUGGCUGGGCUGUUCGGUGGUCAGCGACAUCAUGCAAAUCAUGUUAAUCAUGCAAAUCAUGGAAAUCAAUCUACAGUGGUAACCAUCAGCACAACCACUUCAUCGUCAUCAACAGAAAGAACUACCCCCCGGCUACCAGCGUGGUGUGGGUGCGCAGUGGUAACCGUCGUCUUACUGACAAUUUCUAUCGUAGGGUUUGCAGUUCCGGCAGUCCCUGUACCAGUCGGGAUUACAACCAUGUUUUUGUUUUUCAUGAUAAUUGUUCUUCCUUUUGUGACGAACUUACGGAGCCGCCAGGCAGCUAGGAGAGCUGGUAUGGCCAGCGACCUUGAUCUUCAAGCGCAAGCACCAUCUGCAGUCACAGGUGGAGUGGUCAUUACUGAACUGUCAUCAGUUGAGGAAGCAAGUCCAGCAAAUGGUCCUGGUGGUAUACCUGUCUUUAACUACGACCCACCUCCAUCAUUCAAUGAAGCUAUGGCAGACCCGGUAUCCCCUUCUGCUCCUUGGAUGACAGGGGUUCCAUCACAAACACCUCCUGCGUACACAGCUACUAUUGGAGGAACACUACAAGACCCUGUCUAUCCACCGCCAAUGGGGGCGCCCCUCAAUGAAGAGGAACUACCACCACCGCCAUCUUACGAUGACGUUAUAAGCGGAACGAAUACAUACACACCACAAUAAGGGUGCACCCCACUUAAUAAACUCCCAUGGCAUACAGUGCAAAGUGCUAAAUAUUCAGAAAUACACAGAUUUUACGGUAAAGGAUUUGUUUUUUGACACUUGGUAUAUUUUUUACAGUGAAACUAAAAUCCUCUGUCUAAUAUAGAAUAUUUUGAAGUCGCACCCAUAAGGCCAUACGCAUAGCAGCUGCUACUUAACAUGUGUGUAUUAAUUGAUCACAUAUUUUAUACGGCGUCUGUUGAUUGAUCAAACCCUAAAUAAAAUAAUGAUUAGGUCUAAAUAUGAUUGUACCUUAUACCUUUAAAAUGAUUUGUAUAUUGUUUUUUAUAAUGGAA